UUGAGAAGUUUCUGCCUACUUGAAAAUCUUCUUUUUCUUCUUCUUUUUUUUCCCUUUAAAUUGAGGAGCUAGGUGUCUGUCAUUUUUAACUUCUUACUUUACUUAAAGGGAGACCAGUGAAUUGAAAAUGAGACUAAAUAUUGCCAUCUUUUUUGGGGCUCUCUUUGGUGCCUUGGGAGCUUUGCUCUUUUUGGUGGCUUUUGGAUCCGAUUAUUGGCUUCUUGCAACUGAAGUGGGGAGCUGUCCAGGCGAACAAAAUGUGCGUUUUCUCGAAAUACUGUUGUACCGGAUAGAGAACAUCACUUUCCACCAUGAAGGAUUCUUCUGGAGAUGCUGGUUUAGUGGGAUUGUGGAAGAAAAUGAUUCCAAUAUCUGGAAGUUCUGGUACACCAACCAGCCCCCUUCGAAGAACUGCACACACGCUUACCUGUCACCGUAUCCCUUUACAAGAGGCGAGCACAACUCCACUUCCUAUGACUCUGCAGUUAUUUACCGUGGCUUCUGGGCAGUCCUUAUGCUUCUGGGAAUUGUCACUGUGUUGGCCGCGAGCUUUCUGAUUAUCUGUGCAGCCCCGUUUGCUAGCCAUUUCCUCUAUAAAGCCGGUGGAGGCUCAUAUAUUGCUGCAGGUAUCCUGUUUUCGCUGGUGGUGAUUCUGUAUGUCAUCUGGGUCCAGGCAGUCGCUGACAUGGAGAGCUACAAAAACAUGAAAAUGAAAGAUUGUCCGGAGUUCACUGCUUCUGUUCUAUAUGGCUGGUCAUUCUUCUUGGCCCCAGCUGGGAUAUUUUUCUCUUUGUUUGCUGGAUUACUCUUUCUAGUUAUUGGACGGCAUAUUCAGCUACACCACUAGUCAAACUGUUGCCAUUAGUAUUUUCUUGAGAGAUUUGAGAACACAGCAUAUAUGUUUAAUUGGUUUCCAUGACCCAAGCAUAGAACAUUUUCAUUGACAUCUGAAGCAACUUGUGAUUCUUUAUAAUAAGAAGUUCAUACACCAUCCUGCGUCUUAACCUAAGUGCUAUCUAGAUUCUAGUCUUUCCAAGAGCAGAUAACUGGGGCCUCUUUUUGAUUGAACUUAUGCAUUCACACAGGUUGCUAAAGCCUACUAAAAACACUGUGUCACCUCCUGGGCCAAAUCAAGAUUUGGUUUCAAGUCUUCUUGGCAUUUACUUCUGCUGCUAUUUUUAAAUAUCUCUGGAGAAUAAUUAAGAACUGGAAACGAAUGUCAGAUAAUGUACUCUACUUCUUUCUCACAAACAUACACAUCAAUCUGUACAUUCAUUGACUUCAAGUUUGUGGAAAAAUUACUUAUUAUUAUUUUAAAAGGAAUGGAAAUUGUUGGUUUUUUUUUGUGGCAGGAGCUGUGGAAACACCUCAGUUGAAAUGGGUCACAAAAAACAAACAAACAAAAACCCCUAGAACAUUGACUGAGUCCACUUUAUUACCUAUAGUAGUUUGUAGGAACUUAACGGUAAUGGUGUGUUUAAUUGAGCACAUUCAUGCAAACCUUAAACUGUAUUUGAAAGAAUUUGAAAUGUGUAUACCAAACAUAUAGAGAGAAGAUUGGGUUUUCAUGAACUUAAAGUAGGUUGUCUAUGUCAUAGGUUGAAAUACUUUAAAAAACCAAGCACCUCAGCUUAAUACAUAUUUCCAUAUAUUUUAAAAUUCCUAUUUAGAAUUCAUAUUGCUAAUGUGUUCUGUGUUUGAAAAUAUAUUGAUAUCACAUGUCUCUAACAGGCACUAGUUAUAAGCCUCUAAAGUACUUCCAAAUGAGGAUGAUAGCCUUGUUUUAUUAAAGCCUAUGAAGUACUAACUUUCCUCAUAAUUGUAUGGGUUUUAUUUAGUUCUUCUGGUCAUUUGAUCCCCUUUGAUUACUGUCUCUUAAUUUCUUCAUCGUCACAACAGCUAUAUUAAUAUUUACAGGUCUGCUGUUAUCCUUUAGGCCCCUGGGAAGAAAAGUUUUGCCACUUUGGUGGGGGUAGGGGUGGAGAAUUCUUUAUUUACUAAUGUCGAUAAUUUGCAUAUCCAAGAUGCUUGUUUGGCACUAGGUUUUGAUUGGAAUCAAAUCCAUCGGAGAAACCUUGGUUGCAUUUGCAUUUUGGAAGCCUCCACCAUGGAGGAGUUCGGUGUUCGGGAAGGAACAGAGAAAUGGCACCGUAGACUAGCUUUGUUCCAGGAGCAGCAGUUUGCUCCUCAUCUGUUGUGAAUCCACAAGUCAGCAGUGACCAUCUACGAGAUGCUGUAGCUAGCGGGACUGCUUUCUCAAGAUGGAAAGGUGACCGGCAUCUUCUUGCACAUCUCAUGCUUUCCAUAAAACCCCGUUUCAGUGGGAAGUGAGCUCUAGAUGAAUAGCAAAGGUAUCUUCAGGGCAUGAAGGCAUUUCAGAAUUUAGUGCCAGACAGAUGUGCCACACAACCACACAGUUUCAGAGGGUUAACUGGUUUUAAGGGGUGUAACUAAUUUCUCAAACUGUUUGUCAUGUCACAAAUGAUUCUGUGAGUGGUGCUCUCCUUUGUUUCUCCAUCCAUUUCAUUUUGAUAUUGCUUCAUUUAUUUCCUUACUUUUGGCUUGAUUAUUAGAAACAUAAUUAUGGGUUCUGUUCUGCAUAUUGACUGUGAUAUUGAGUUAUGGCAUGCCAUUAAGUUCUCCAGACGAUGCUAGAUGUAUUUGAUUAGUUCAUGUCAUCUGUAAAUACAAUUCCUUUUUGAAGAACUUUGGAAUAGUGCCUUUUUCUGCUGUGUUAUAUGUCAUUUAAAUUUCAUAUCCAAGCUGCUUUUAGUAAAGGUUUGAAUAUUUAUAAAUUUCA